CAUGUUUAUUUAACAAAAACAAAGAAUUAAAAUGAAUUUAUCUCAUUCAUUAAAAAACUUGUUUGCGAUAUUUUUUUUAUUUUCAUUUCGUAUUUUCAGAAGGCCGAACAUGACCAUAUCUUUUUUUUUCAUCAGUUCAUAAAAUACCAGUUUGAACGUUGCUCAAAGAUCAAGAGACACCCUAAGGAGAACUUGUGUGUUUUCCGCGCUCUAUAUUUGAAUUUAUAUCAGUCGCUGUCACUUAGUGUACAUAUCACGCUGUACCUUGAAAGCGCUUCACAGCAGGUUUACACACGCCGCCCUCGCAAAAGCGAAGUUCCAUCAAGCGUAACAAGAAAAACGAAACAAAAGAAAAAAAUACCCCCUACACAGAGGUAUGUUCGCCUGCCUGCUUCUGGUGUCAGCACUUCAACUGAUGCCUACGCGGUCACACGAGUUCCCAAAUCUCUACUUCUCCCAGAGUGACGUCACAGUGUUACGCGCACAGUCCGGGUCGACCCACGCUGCGAUAUACAGCAGUUUGAGAGAUGCCGCUGAAGAGAUGAAGCAGCGUCCGCAUGCAACCAUCCUCCCAAGAAGCUGGAGAGAGUUCACGGGAAAGUGGAACGAGAUAUAUGGCAACAAUCUACCACCCCUGGCCUUUUACUGCGUGCUCAACAGCACUGACCGCGCAGCACUGGAACUAGCUAUAUCCACUAUGGAGGCAUUUGCAGGAUAUCAGAGCUGGGGAGUGAGUCACGUGCCUAAAGACGACGUCCCCGUAGCCCACAGUAUAGUUGGCAUGGCAACUGCAUAUGAUUUCCUCUACAAGUUUCUUAAUGAAUCUCAACGAGUCCUUAUAGGGGCCAAAAUAAUCGAAUUCGCGACGGUGCUGUAUGAGAGAUCCUUAAAGGCGUGGUGGGGGAAUUCGUACGUGCAGAAUCACGUGGCCACCAACUAUGCUGCACUCCUGACUAGCGCAUUAGUGGUCCAGAGCUUGACACCUAAUGCUAAAGUCUGGAUAAACCGUGCUAAUAUGAUGCUCAACCGCACCAUGACUAUCCUCGGGCGUGUCACGGAUGGGUCCUUAUCAGAGGGCGUAGCAUAUGGAUCCUACACAACUCGUUCCUUAUUCCAGUAUUUAUUUCUGGCCAUGCGCCAUUUGGGGCUCCAGGAAGACUUAUUGCGAAAGAAUCGAUGGCUAGUUAAGCAUUUUGAUUUCAUUUACUGGACGAUUCUUCCCCGUUUUGACGAGACCAUCGGGAUAGCAGACACAAACACUCAUUGGUUUUACGGUCCAGAAGACCAACUGGUCUUCCUGGAAAGGUUUGUGAUGAGAGAUGGUCGUGCAAACUGGCUCGCACGCGCCAUUCGUGAACAGCAUCGUAAAGGGACUAUUCGGCCUGCGAGAGCACAUCGGUUCGUUACACUUCACUUGGAAUAUCUAUUUUACGAUAGCUCUAUUCCCGACAAGCCUCCGAUAAAUCCCGACUGGGCCACGACGGGCCUCGGAAAGACACCGACAGACAGGGACAAGCAUGCAGGAGCUUAUACCGAGAGACAAUCGGAUAAACCAAUGGGUGCCCAAGCCAUGUCAAAAUCUAACAAAAUGCAUGUAUUUGACGACUGGGGUGUUGUCGUCUUUCGCACAAAACCACCCUAUCUAAAUACUGGACUCCAUGACGAAUACAAUCAAGGAACUUAUCUAUCGUAUAAAUGCGGCGUUCUACACGGUAAGGCGAUAAACCAAAUUGUCAGAGAUAAAACAGUUAGUUGGAUCAACGGCUGGCGGAACUUCAACCCGGGACACGAGCACCCAGACCAGGGGUCCUUCAUCUUCUACCCAUCAGGGCGGCCCUUCAUCACAGAGGCCCUCUAUGGCCCUAAGUAUACAUGGCUUAACAAUGCGCUGAUGUUCGCCCCCGCGCCGCCCUUGGUGCGCACUUGCAGGGGUCCCUACGCAGGCCAGCUUGGGGACUGCGGUAAGUGGUUUGCGUACCAAGCAUCGGGAUACUGGGAGGGACGCACGGGGAAUCUUGCUGCCGCGGUCGAUGGACGCACUAACCGCAUGUUUGCUACAGGCGAGUACGCAGCGCGGUACGACCCAGAACUUGGACUCGACAAAAUCUCGCGUAGUCUUCUCCUAAUUCGACCGGACACUUUGAUCGUUUUGGACAACAUUCGCCUAGCUGAGUAUAGCAACGUACGUGCAAUGUCAGCAUUUUUCCACAAUAGAUACAAUGCUUUUGUGUUGAAUGCAGCCGAGCGGUGGACGGAGGUGCUAGUGGAAGGGAAACCGCAUAGGGUGCACUGGGCGUGCCCUGGUAACUCAGGGUGUAUUCUAGAUGCUCAGGUCCAGGCAGAAUCAUAUAAAGCAGAAUACGGCAAGAGAUCGACGCAUUACCUCAACAUCACGAGCACAGUAGGCUCCAUGUCCGCGUCUAUUGUCUACGUAUUCACUGGGCCAAGCGCUAAUGUCUCAGCAGUUCGCCUGCAGCCAUGUAAUGAGAUGCAAUGCAUAGCCCUUGAAGUCAAUGGUAUACAUUAUGACGUCGCGAUCCGAACUAGCUCUAAAGGGACACCAGGCAUUAAUUUUAGCGAUCACGUGAGCAUUAAUUCUAGUGCUGAUUCACACAGGAUUCAAAACGUUGGAGUAGAAAAGCUUAGCAUUGCGAUCGUCCUGGGUUUGUGCCUUUUUGUGGUAUGUCAGAAAAAGUUACAUCGACUUGUUCCAAAGCGCCGAUUUCGGAUACUCUGUUUCUUCAGUAUAGUAGCAAUUUGUAUAAUCAUGGUUUGGACUGAGCUCCAUCAAGUAGGAAGAAAGUUUGCAUGAAUUUUUAAUGCAAACACGAUGCCACAGCUCUGACCUUGCUUAAAGUUCAAAGUUUGAAUAAAGUUUGAAUAAUCUUUUGUAUCAACCUCAGCUUUAGGUUGUUGCCGAUAUAGCAUUCUAGCUCGUUAUUUCGUUUGCAAAAAAAAAAAAAACAUUUCGCAGUAAAACGGCCGUGACGCCCUUCGGACUAAAAAGCAACUCAUGCCGUCGUCGUGACUAACUCGUAUAAACUCGUGACUUUCUCGAGACAAAAGCACACCCUCAUAACGCCCUCGGGACAAAUGUACAACCUCGCGACGCCCUCAGGACUAAUGUGCAGCUUCGUAACGCCCUCGGGACUAAUGUACAACCUCGUGACGCCCUCGGGACUAAUAUACAAAUUCGCGACGCGUUCGGGACUAAUGUACAGCCUCGUGACGCCCUCGGGACCAAUGCACAACCUCGUGACGGUUUCGGGACUAAUGUGCAGCUUCGUAACGCCCUCGGGACUAAUGUACAACCUCGUGACGCCCUCGGGACUAAUAUACAAAUUCGCGACGCCUUCGGGACUAAUGUACAGCCUCGUAACGCCCUCGGUACCAAUGUACAACUUCGUGACGGUUUCGGGACUAAUGUGCAGCUUCGUAACGACCUAGGGGCUAAUGUGCAAGCUUUUCACGCCUUCGGGGGGCAAAAUGAUGGCAGCCGAGUAGAAUGUCAAAAGGUUGGCCUAAACAAAUGCAGGGUGUCUACAAAAAAACCUUUGUGUUAAAUUUGAGCGCGAAUGAUUUCGGUGGCUAUAUGGCGGGUAUAACUUGACGACAAAAUUGCGAAAAUACUGUCGCUUCCUUUAUGAAGCAUUCAUCUUGAUAUUCAAUAUUGCACUGAACCGCCUUUUUAAUACGUAAUUGGUCAUUAUGGCACCAGUGAUGAGCAACAAAUUACCAAAAUUAAAUUGCUGCAAAGACGACUCACAUUAACAACUUUGUACAGACUGUACAUAAGUGCGCCCUACCUCUCAAAGCAGCGCAAGAUAACGAAAUGGAAGACAAUAGUUAGAAAUUCAAUAAUUGAAAAGAAAGCAUACGACAAUCGAUCCAUUCACCUGCGGAUUUAUCUUGCCAUAUAUAUAUUCAAUUAUUCACACAAAGCAAAGUGGUUAAGCAUUUAAAUCGACGCAGUUCUCAUUAUGCUCAAACAUUGGUGGAUUACUAGACAGAUUUGCAAAACUUAUUAUUGAUGUUGUUUCCUGAAGGAAACGUGGGACACACAAGUUGCUCUUACCAGUAUGGACAUUAAGAAGAUAUUGACACAAAGGCGGAGCUUAAUACUCCUCGAGAAACCCCCUCCUUUAAGUAAAAAUAUUGGGUUUUUG